GAAAUUGGGCUUUAUGGUGAAUAAAUUUGUGUCAACGGUUGCUUUAUCUUAAUCCUGUCAGUGAUUCGACAGCCUUAUUGACGUUAUCUGCUUCUCUCUGAUUCUAAAUUAUCAUCACCAUCGGCGUGACAUUAUCAUUAUUGUUAUUGAAUAAUGUAAACACAAAGGGGAGCACCACUAGUGAUUUUCCAUUAAAUUAUUUGCGUUUUAGUCAUCAUAGCUGCAAUAAUACCUCGACGUAGAGGUUAACGAUUGUUAAUCAAAAUUUACAUUAUUUAAACCUUGGACCUGUUUGAAUUUUUUAUUAUAUUUUCCUCUUGAAAAUCCUUGAUAGUUCUUAGCUUCUUGAUAUAUUAGAUAACCAUAAAAUUCUUAAAAAAAAGGAAUUCAUUUCAUCAUUUGUCACAAUCAUGUCACUGUCAACAACCCACUUCACAACUAUGUGAAGCAAGUAAAGUGAAUUACAUAACAAAAUGCAAGGUAAACGUCAACUUCACGUUGUCACCACCGUUGUUUUCAAAUGAACUUUACAUUGUCAAAUCACUAUGGGUCUAAAGAAGAAGAAGGGUAAGGAGGAAAGGGAACUGAGGGUGGACCAUCCCGACACAGCGCAACCAUCCACAUCACGUGUUCAAAACGACAGACCGCCUGAAAUAGAACAAGAUUCUUUAGAAGAAUGGACCAACACCGUGAAUGAAUCAGGACAUCUGUAUGAGUCAGACCCGGAACAAAUGAGAGCUCCUUACUUGCCGCUUCCGGCACCCCAAGUAAACGCCGUUGUGAUACACACCACCCUUGGACCUUAUCCUUGCGAUUUGAUCUGUCCAACUUGUCACAAUUACAUCAAGACGAGGACGUAUCCACAUUACAGCUGGAAAGCCCAUUUCUUCGCCUGUUUGUGUUGUACAUUUGGGUGUUACUUUUGUUCGUAUCUGCCCUAUAGAAUAAUGUUGGACAAGACUCACGUGUGUCCGGUUUGUGAAUCUUUUGUCGGUGAAUAUCGAGUGUAAUAUACGGCUUUACUUGUUUACAAAUACAGAAUAAAUUAUUA